AGAGCUAUCCAAUUUCUGUUAGAAUGUUUAAGCUACCCUUUAUUGCAGCAACUACUCAUGAUCAGGAGGUGUUCAGUUUUUUUCCAAACAACCACCCGUGUAAUGGUUUCGAGGAAGCACUUGAAAGAUAUAGAGAAAUAGUUCCACAUCUUAGGCUAGCUGGUCCAACAUCUUUUGCUCCAAUAAUUGAAACAGCAAUAAGCAUUGUAGAUCAAACUGGUGGCCAGUAUCAUGUUCUCCUCAUUAUAGCAGAUGGCCAGGUAACAAGUGGGGUUGGCAAGCAUAGUGGCAAGUUAAGCUCACAAGAGAGAGAUACUAUAAAUGCUAUUGUUAAAGCUAGUGAUUAUCCACUCUCAAUUGUUCUUGUUGGAGUCGGUGAUGGUCCCUGGGACAUGAUGCAACAGUUUGAUGAUAACAUACCUUCUCGAUCAUUUGAUAAUUUCCAGUUUGUAAAUUCUACUGAAAUCAUGUCAAAAAACAUAGCCAGCAAUAAAAAGAAGGCAGAGUUUGCGCUGCCCGCUUUGAUGGAAAUUCCUUCACAAUAUAAGGCCACAUUGGAUCUCCAACUUUUGGGCAAACGCAGAGGAAUUCCGAGAAGGAAAUGCCUUCCACCUCCAAUUAAGGGUCGCGGUCCAACCUCAAAACGCCCACAGUCGAGCAUUUCUGAUCCUUUCCCUGGAGUUGAUAAAAGUAAUCCUGUGGUUUCUUCAGCUUCUGCCGUCAACGAUAAAAAGAUCUGUGGCGUAUGUUCCAAACAGACCAAGAACCUAGCUUUCGGGUGCGGGCAUCAGGUUUGUUACGACUGCGGAAACGACAUGAAGCUUUGCCCAAUUUGCUCGAGUCCUAUAAAUACAAGGAUUAGACUUUAUUAAUGUUCAGAAAGUGUUUUGCUUAAGGAACGCUUUAAACCAAAUGGUCCUUUGCUUUGCUUCUGCUGUUGCCUGGUGAUUUGGGUACAAGCAGAAGCGAAGCACUAAAUCCUGCAUCAAUCCCAAUUUUAAGAGUUUGUCUAAAGUACUGGGGGUGUAAAUCCUGCUUGUUCUUGUAUUUGCAAAACACUAAAACUUAUAUUAUGAUUUCAGUUGUGCA